CUUACAUCUCUCGAAGUCCUUUUCGAUAAUUCUCUUUCGACAACGUAAUACAGAUUCCGACAUGGACAUCAUAAAUUCGCGAGUGCUUAGUUUAUUCUUUAGUGUUUCUUUCUAGAUACCUUUCAUUUUCACUGUAGGGAAAAACUGAAGCACAGGUGACAUGCAUGAUCCUCUUCAAAUUAUGGAAUGAGAUAAUGUUAAAAAUUCCUUAAUGUAAAAUUAAGUUGCCCACGAGUCUGUGCUUUUGGUGAUUAUCAGAGUCGGGGCUACAGUCGCGGAUGAACAUGGAACAUUUUCAGAUAUCUACGAGCUAUCUGCGUUUGAGAUCAUGCUCCAUAAUCAGGAUAAUCCAUCCAUCACUCAUUUCUUUUCAUCCUGAUGAUGAAUCAUGGAGUAUGAUCUGAAACGUUGAUGCAAAAAACUUAAGCACAGUUAUAUCUAGAGGCAUUCUUGAUGGUUAAUUUGGACUGUGGAAAUACUAUGCAUCUUACAUUAAAUAUUUCAAACAAAUCAUCUACAUGAUGUCAACUGUCAAGGGACUAGCUGCACCGUGGCCCUUGAUUUACAUUGAUAACCAUCAUUUGGUCUGCUAGCAUGAAUAUGGUAGAAAACUGUGAACAAAAUCAACAGAAAGAAGAGAACAUGCCUCAAUCUCUUACUCAUCCUAUCCCCUUGUUAACACCCUAUCAAUUGGGUCCUUUCACUUUGUCUCACAGGGUGGUUUUAGCACCUUUAACUCGACAAAGAUCUUAUGAUUGCAUGCCCCAGCCUCAUGCAAUUGUUUACUAUGCUCAAAGAGCAAGCCCUGGAGGCCUCCUCAUUACAGAAGCCACUGGCAUCUCUCCCACUGCUCAAGGGUAUCCACAUACACCUGGAAUAUGGAGCAAGGAGCAGGUGGAAGCAUGGAAGCCUAUUGUGAAUGCUGUGCAUGAAAAAGGAGCUGUUUUCUUCUGUCAAAUUUGGCAUACUGGAAGGGAUUCACAUGUGGGUAGGUAUGCAAUGCACAUUGCAGACUAUCAACCCGACAGACAGUCUCCGGUCUCCUCAACAAGCAAAAAGAUGUCAGGACAAACUCUCCUACCCAAUGGGAAGGAUCUUGUAGAAUUUUCACCUCCUCGAGCUCUCACAACAAAUGAAAUACCACAAAUUGUUGAUCACUUCUGCAUUGCUGCCAGAAACGCCAGGGCUGCAGGUUUUGAUGGAGUUGAAAUUCACGGGGCUUAUGGACUUAUUGACCAAUUUUUGAAAGACAGCAUCAAUGACCGCACUGAUUGUUAUGGUGGUACACUAGAAAACCGUUGCAGAUUUGCUCUUGAGGUUGUUGAAGCAGUGGCAAAUGAAAUUGAAGCAGAUCGAGUUGGGAUCCGGCUAUCUCCAUUUAGAGGUCAUCUAGGAUUUGGAGACUCAAAUCCUGAGGCCCUAGGACUUCACAUGGCAGAGGCCUUAAAUAGAUACAAGAUCUUGUAUGCCCAUUAUAUAGAACCCAGAAUGGUCACUGUCCUAGAGUCUUUCCCUAUGGAAAAAAGUCUACUACCAAUGAGGAAGGCAUUCAAGGGAUCAUUUCUGGUUGCAGGAGGUUAUGAUAGGGAAGAUGGCAAUGCAGCAAUUGAAAGUGGCAAAGCAGAUCUGGUAGUUUAUGGUCGCCUUUUUCUUGCAAAUCCAGAUUUGCCUAAAAGGUUUGAGCUGAAUGCUCCUCUCAACAAAUACAAUAGGGAAACUUUCUACAUUCCUGAUCCUGUUAUUGGCUACACAGACUACCCAUUCUUGUAGCUUCACCUCAACCUCUGAAACCCAACCCAUCUUCAUUGAUGUAACUUCAGAGUAAAGCAAACAUAUCAAUGACCAUACAUUAUCUUAACAGGAAUUAUCUAAUGUAAACCUUUGCAAUUUGUGAAACCAUGGUCAUAUCUAUGCUUUUGCUUCUUAUUUUUUAAUUUCCUCUAGGUACGUUUGCAAACCAUUGUUUAAUGGUUUGCUUCAUCAGACACCAGUGCAAUUUCUCAGUCAAAUGUAAUCUUAGUGGAAAAAUACCAGUGAUAUUUAGAUUUAACUUCAUGGUUCAAAGACGUAUUUUCAUAUGAAAUCUUAGGGCCUCAAGCAAGAUCAGCUUCAACUGAGUUGAUAUUGUAUCCAAUACCAAAAAAUUUUGCUGCAGCCAAAAAGAUUGCUUAAAAUUUUAAA